AAAGAAUAUAAACGUCAGUUAUUUUAGACUCAGUGCUUUUGCAAUCACCUAACGAACGCUUAUUGAACACUUACAGUGCCAUCGAGCUAGACUCGGAGUGAGCUUUUAGAAUCGGAAAUAGAGAGGAAAAGGCGCGACUCUUGCUUCUGUAAUGUGCAAAUAUGUAUUCAGCGAGCCACUGUGCAGAGUAGUACGUGCUGAAAGGGGAUCUUCCAAAAUGCUAUGAUGGCUUAGAAGAAACAUACUUUAACUGACCCAUGUGCUUAAACCAGAGCUUGAAAGUUUUCUUCCUUUUCACAUCCAGCCAGUCCCUACCAACCUCUUGAAUAUCUCAGAUCUGUUCACUUGUCUCCGUUUUUUACUGACAUUAUUUUGGUUCGACCCUAUGACUGCUACAUAGCUGUGACAGUAACCCCCCUUCCCCCCGCCCCAGCUGGUUCUGCUGCUUUCAAUCUUGCUACCUUCCAGUCCAGUCUCCACAUUGCUGGGCUGAUAAAGUUCAUAUUUGACCGAGGCACUCCCCAUUGAAAACCUUUCAGUCGCUCCUAUUUGCCCUCAGGUUUAAGCCAAGACUCUUUAACAUGACUUACAGACUCUUUCCUGUCUGACUUUUGCCUGGCUCUUCAGCCCUAGUGGUUUUCCACCGCUCCAGCCAUAUAGAAUGUCUUUUGUGUUCCUGAAGUGCACUAUCCUCCUUCUCACCCCAAACCGUCUUCUGACCCUGUCCCUGACCUGGCUAAUUCUUACUCAGUUUGCAAAGCCUUUUAAAUCAGAAACCCUUUCCUGACCCCACAAGACUGGAUCACAGAGCACCAAGUAAUUAUUUGUUUAUUCUGCAGAUAGUUAAGUGCUUCUUUCGUCUGUGCCAAGAACUGCUAGGUACUGAGAUCCAAUGAUGAACAAGGUAGAUUCCUGUUCUAAUGGAACUUAUCUUUUAUGGAUGGAAGUAAGGAGAAUUUACAAGGAAACGAUGUUAAUUAGACUGGUCUAAGAAGACCUUUCCAAGGAGUUGAUACUGAUGCCUAAAAGAUGAGCGUGAUCUAACCAUGCAAAAGAGGGAAAGAAAAACAUUCUAAACAGAGUGAACAGGUUGUGCAAACGUCCUGAGGCAGGAAAGAGCUUGACAUGUUAAUGUUCAAGAAUCUAAGGAAAGACCAGUAUUGCUGGAAUAUAUUCAGAAAGGACAGUUGUAUGAGAUGAGUCUGGAAAGAUGGGCAGAGACCGGAUCAUGGUUAGGAGGUUAAUCCAGCACCAUAAACAGGAGAUAAUGGUGGUUUGGAUUAAGAUGAUGGCAGAAUAUAUGAGGGAAAAGUGAAUGAUGGUUUCUAGGUAGGAAGUAGAUUCAAGUACCUUCUGAUGAGUGUGAUGUGGGAUAUGAAGGAAAGGGAGGAAUGACAAAUGACUCCUAGGUAUCUGGCCUGAGUUACUGGUUAGUGAGUAGUACCAUUUACUGGGAUGUUACCUUCUCCAUCCCUGUAAUAAAUGUUUCAUAAAUGAUAUCAAUGGAAAAACUGUAUUGUACUAAGAUUUUCCUGGUUCAUGUUUUUAAAGUAUUUUCCAUCAGUAUUUCUCCUUUCACUGAAGAUUUUGUCUCUUUGUUUUUUUUGCUUACUUAAUUUUCACUCUCCUGCCUGCCUCUCUUACUUUUCUAGAAUUUUCGUGUCAAUGUUACUAAAUUAUUUUUUAGGGACUAAUUAUGACUGCCUUUAGAAAAAUUAAAUAAGUAUGUGCCCUUGGAGGAGACCAUUAGACAGUGUUAAGAAAACAGUUCAAAACAGCCACCCUUCCCAUAGCUGAGGCCUCUUGGCCUGUAAAAUAUGAAACAGAAAAUUGGAGAAUUACAAGGUGACAAAGAUUUUUAUGCAAGGCAAGAACAGUUUGGAGAGGAACGAAGAAAGGGAGAAAAGUUAGUCAUACUUUCCUUUCUUUAUGCCAUUAGAAGUGGAACUAGUUUUUUAAGGAGUAAUUUCAUCCUUUGGGCACAGUCUUGAAACAAAUACACGUAGUUUCUUUCAAGUGUGAAGCUUGAGCAAAGAGAGUAAUGGACUAGAAAGACUGGUAAGCUACUCAUCAGAAGGCAUGAGUUCCAGACCUGAUUAACUUCUCUGAGUGGAUCAGAUAAUGAUGCAAAAGCACUUUUGCAAACUGUAAAGCAGUCAAAUGAACUCAAACUGGAUUAUGAACUUUAAGAUAGGAUUCACAUCGUACACUUUUAUGUUCUCUUCAGCUCCAUCCCCAGAUGCCAGUUUACACUAAAUACUUAAUUGAACUGUUUCUCUAGGAUCUAACAUAGAAUAAGAAUUAGUUUAGAUUUUCUAGUCUAACCCAGUUUUUCUAGAUCUUCUAGUCUAGCCCGAAGAAGAAAAAAAGAUGUGUUGGUAUGUGCAUGUAUGGGCACAGUUUUUCAUAAAUGAUUAAGAUGCCUUCUGAGAACUUGAUUAUGAGGUAGUUUAGCUGAAAGGUCACCAAAUAAUGGAUUAGAGCAAAGAAUUGCAAAAUCAUCCAAACCAGACUAAGAUGCUGUCAGGCCUUGGGGGAUUUAACUAUAACCAUGUUUAUCACAAGUGUUAUACACCAUGAGAUAGUCUCAAUGACUAGGCUACUGGUUUUCAAGUGUGGGCAAUUUGGCCAUUACCUGGGAACUUAAAAUGCAGAUUCUCAGGCCCUUAUCCCAGACUUACUGAAUCAAACUCUGGAGUUGGAGCCCAGCAAUCUGUUUUAUCAAGACUUCUGGGUGAUUUUGAUGUAUGAUAGUUUGAGAAAUACUUGUCUAGUAUGAAAAUGGGAUGCAGAGGUUGUAAUCAAUGAGUUUAUAUAUCUGGUACCACUGACAAAACCAUCUCUAGAAUGAAAAAUGCAUCAGGCAUUAGCUUGAUUCCAUUAAGUAGUUGAUUCACCACACAGCUCUUCUUCAAGCAACUUUCUGUUUAUAAUUUUAGUAUAAUAUGUAGUUAUACUAAAUAUACAAAUAUGGGCUUCUGAUAUGUCCCUUCCCUGUGAUGGUAAUUUUUCAUGGUAAAUUAGUAGAACAUCUUUGGAUUACAGUUCAGCUCCCCAUAUGGCUUGUCUAAAAGGAGAGAAAGCAAGUAUUCCAGAAUAUUCCAUGGUAAAUUAGAUAAGUACUAUAGUGUGUCCACAUGGACCCCACAUAUUUUAAUAAGCAUAAGUUUAUCAGAGCCUUCACUCCUGGACAUUGACCUAGGUAAUCCCUGGUAUGUGCCCUUUGAAAAAACAAAGGCCAACUGAGGCCUUAAUUAGUUCUGCCCCAACACUUACACUUUUGUCCCUCUUUCUACCCUCAUUUCUACUUUUAUGUGUGAGAGAUUGAAAGAAAGCAAGACAUUCUUUGUAUAUUAUUGCUAAUGUCCCUAUCCAGCAUUUUUAUUGUAUUUAUUGAUUUUUUUCUAAUUAUAAAAGCAAUACACUUAGAUUGUAUUUAUUGAUUUUUUCUAAUUAUAAAAGCGAUACACUUAGAAAAUAUCUUAAAUAUAUAAAGAAAAUAAAAAUCGCCCUUAACACUACCACCCUGAGAAAAUACUUUUUAAAAAUAAGAUUAUAUACUUUCCUAACUAUCCUCUUCUCUGUCCCCAUUCCUCCCAUCAAAAACUAAAUUAGUCCCCCUCUUAUAUUUUCUCAUGGCACUAUGCAUUUCCAAAAUAGAAUUUGCCAGAAUUGCAGUUAAAUUUUUUGUGUGAUUAUUUUAAUGUCUGUCUCUUACACUAGACUGUAAGUCUGGUGACUAGGUAGGGAUCUUGUCUGUUUGUCCAUCAAUCACACUGUCCCCACCUAGCAUUUAGCAGCUACACAAUUAACAACUGAUGAAUAAAUAAAUAUGUUCGCGUAUUAAAUUGGGAUAUGGUUUGCUGUGAUGGAACUGAAAGAAAUGUAAUAUUAUAUCAUCAUCCUUCCCAAUAAAUGUGAAAAGAAAGAUAAACUGCAAAAGAUACCACAUAUGAAAUUGUUCCCAAGUGUAUCAUCAUGUCUUCCUAAUUUUAGUAUUUACUUAUUCCUGAUGUUUCAUUCAAUUAUUCAUCAGACAUGCAUCCACUAUACUGCAAGUCAAGCAGUAGAGAGAGACAGAGAAAUAAACAAACUAUAAAAACACCCCCAGAGCCUAGGUAAAUAAAUAAAUAAAUACAAAAAUAAACUAGGUGGCAAGUAUGAAGGAAAUAUUAUGAAAACACCAAAGGAAAUUAAUUAACAGUAACUGUCUGAAACGAUCUUAUUCUAUUAUUGUCCAACAGACAAUAAAUGGGAAGCCUUUUUGCCAUUUUCUGGGGUUCACCAGGUGAAAUACAAAUAGUAAAAAUACUAAUGAUCCCUUUCAUUACAGUUCUCAAAUUUGCUGUUUUUAUAGAUUUUUAGACUUACUUAUUUGAUCCACUAGAGGGCAAUAAACCCUUAAAUAAAGACAAUGUAACCAACCUUCCUUUAAAAGUAUAGUAAUAAGUGCUGACACAAUUUAGAAAUGAAUCCAAAAUUUCCUGCUUAUUUAAGUUUUUCAUUUAUUAGUGAGUUGUCUGCCCAAUUAGCAAUUUUUUUUAGGACAGACAGUAUCUUAUUUUCACUUAGCCCAGUGUACGAGUCAUGUCACAAGUUUAUUACAUUUCCUAAAGUUUGAAUAACAAUUGUGUAAAGAACAUGAUUUGAUGAAUGCCCAUAUUGUUGUGGUACAAUAUAAAAUUCUGUUUUAGAGCCCUAAAGAAAAUAGCCUCUGCUCACAAUAUGAACAGAAGUAAAAAAAUUAGAAGUGAGGAUAAGAUGUAAGUAAUGAUUAAAAUAAGUAUGAAAUAAGGUACUAUAUAUGAAACUAGGCUGUGUACUUCGUAUACAAAUAUAAGAUAAUUUUAUGAUUUGGUAAAAUUGUGUUUUAUAUUUAACGCUAUGUGACAAAAUUGUGGCUUGGGAAGAGGAACUGCAAAUCAUGAAGAAGAUUAAUAUCUGAAGUUCAGAUUGACAAUUUCUGAGCUUGGCACUGAAGAUAUAAACAGAUAGUCCUUCUACGAUCUUACUCUGGGUCCAGGAAAAACAAGCCAUAUUGAACAGAUAAAUUUAAUAUAAUGUGGCAUGUGAUGAAUUAAAGAGUAAUUUAACUUCUGGGAAAACGUCCUAGAAAAGAAGACUUCUAAGAAGGAUCUUAAAGAAGAAUAAGCAUUACCAAGAGAAUGAAAGAGCAUUUUAGAGAGAAGAAUGGAAAAAAGCAAAGGCAUAGAAAUGUGAAACAUACUGUGGGGGUGGGGAAGCAAGGAACACAACUCAGAUUGUUUCCCUUGGCAUAAAUUACUAGCACAUAAAGAGCAAAAAGAAAGUUAAGAGAAUAGGCAUUAGGGAGAAUAAAACCAAAUAGACAAUACACUACAAUAGACAAAACAAAUGGUAGGACUACAGAGGUACAAUAGUAUAUGGUGUAGAAAAAAAGAAAAGCCAUUCUCUUUGUUAAUAAAGACUUUUUAGGGGAACUUCAAAUGAAAUAGGAAGAAAAUUCUGGCAUCAUAUGGCGUAUGCCUGCUCUGUUAUAAAAAUUUUCUUGAAUUGCAAAAUUCUGCUUAUAGUUCUUCAUUCAUGCAAUAAAUUUUGUUUUGAGACUAGUCUCUGUUGCCCUGGCUGGACUGCAGUGGCACAAUACUGCGCACUGCAGCCUCAAUCUCCCAGGCUCAAGUGACCUUCCCACCUCGGCCUCCUGAGUAGCUGGAACUACAAGCAUGCACCACCAUGCCCAGCUAAUAUUUUUUAUUAUUUGUAGAGAUGAGUUCUUGCUGUGUUGUCCAUGCUGGUCUCAAACUGGUGGGCUUAAGCAAUCCUCCCACCUUGGCCUCCCAACGUGCUGGGAUUAUAGGCCUGAUCUACCACACCUGGCCCCAUUCAAUAAAUAUUUAUUGUGAACUUACUGUGUGCUGAACACUGUUCUAAGCACUGCGGUUACAGUAGAGAACAGGGUGGACUGGGUCCCCGUCUUUAUUAAACUUAGGCUAGUGAUGGGUAGACGAACAAAAAUAAGUAAGCAAAGAUAUAUAUAGGAUGACUAUCCAGCAUGAUUAGUACCAUGAAGGAUAAAACAGGUGAUGCCAUAGAAACUAAGAGGAAAGAGGAUUCUACUUGAGCUAAAGUGGGGCUCUGAAGGGAUAACAUUAGAGUUACAGAUUGAAGGACGAUAAAGAACCGACUAUUCCAAGACCUAAGGGAAGAAUAUCCUAGCACAAAAGCCUGAGAAGGGAAAUUGUUUGGUGUGCUUGAGGAGCAGAAAGAAGGCCAGCAUGGCUUGAAAUACAGUGAUUGAGGACGAGAGUGGUAUAAAGUGAGGUCAGGGAUUGGCAAGAUCUACAUGACCCAGGGCUGCACAGACCAUUGUGAGAUAUUGAGGCUUCAUUCUAAAUAGCAGGAUUUUAAGCAGGUAAGAGACAGCAUGUUCAGGAGUGAGCUUUAUGCUCUUUUAGCUCCCCUAACUCACAGGUAGAUGUACCUCCAUACUAAACCCUACACUAAAUUGGAUUUUAGAAUGUGGAGGACAGUGCCUUUGUUGACAUUACAUCAUUUGUUAUGCUAACUAAAAGUUAUAGGAGGCCUUUGUUUUGGACUGAGCUCCUGCCCUAGGCCCCAGUGGACCAGACUAAAAAUCAAAAUAGAGUCAUUUAUACUUAAAGUUCCACCUCACCAAAUCAAAACUACAUUGUUAUCUGACUUUCCUAGAACUCAGGAGAGAGAAAUAACCAAAUUUCCCACACAUGCCAGUUUCAAUUGUCAUAACAACGAAGUUCGCUCUGCCUUUGAUGCUUACAACAAAAAGUAGCCUUAUGUUAACCAGUUAUUCCUGUAUUUUUCUGUUCCUCUGUUCCCACUUUAGGAGGAAAGUAACUUUGAAAUGACCAAGCUGCUUUUUGUUCUUUGUUUCUACUUUCUUCAGCCCUUCUCUGUCUAUAAAACCGAACUUCUCUGCUCAGCCCCUUGGGUCACUUACUCUAUUUUAUGGAAUAAAGUAUUUCCCGAUUCUAGAAUUGUUACAGGAAAGAGGUCCCAAUUCAGACCCCCCCAGAGAGGCUUCUUCGAUCUCGCACAAGAAAGAAUUCAGGGGUCUUGCUCUGUCACCCAGGCUGGAGUGCCAUGGCAUCAUCAUAGCUCACUAUGGCCUUGAUCCUCCUGCCUUAGCCUCCCAAGCAGCUGGUAUUACAGGCCACGGUGUGAACACAUGAAUAGAAGACGAAAAUUUCUUCUAGCCUCAGUACUUGCUCUCCAGAAUUCAAGUUUUAUAUAUCCAUCAUGUCAGAAGUGCUUCUCUAGGAUAAUCCUGGUCUCCAAAAGGUCUAAUUGUCCAAAGUGUGGCUCUACUGGUGAAUCUGGAAAUGCCAAUUACAGAUACAAACUUUCCUUAAAAGUUGCAGAAUCGAACAAAUUGUUUGUUAUUACUGUAUUUGGAAGUUGCUUAGAUACAUUUUUUGGUCUUACUGCCACUGGUUUGCACAGGUACAUUCAGGAUCCUAAUAAAAUUCCAGAAACACUGGACAAUGAUACAACUCAGAAUCUAUUAACUAAAGCAGUUGAAACUUGCUUUGUUGGACAAAGCUUUAUUUUUGGAGUGACGAAUUUUGAAAACCAACCUGGACAAGGUUCAGAUGCCAGUAACUUCUUACAGCAAUGCUCUGACCACAAAAGAAAAGCCAAAGCACUAGUGGCUUGCCAGAUUGUUCUACCGGACCCAGGUAUCGCAGGCUUUACUGUCAUUGACUACUUCCAUCAACUUUUGCAGACUUUUAAUUUCAGGAAACUUCAGUGUGACUCUCAGGCACCUAACAAUCACUUACUUGCUUUAGAUCUCUCAAAUAGUGAUCUCAGCAGCAUAUAUACUUCUGACAGCACUUCUUAUUUUUUCAAGUCCUGCAGCAAGGAUACUUUUUCAAAAUUCUGGCAGCCAUCACUUGAAUUCACUUUCAUUGUUUCACAUCUAACAGAUAAUGAUGAUUUUUCAGCUUCAGAACAAAGUAAGGCCUUUGGUACUCUUCAGCAGAACAGAAAGUCCAUCUCCAUUGCAGAGGCCACUGGUUCCAGUAGCUGCCAUGAUCCCAUUCAGGAUUCAUGGAGCCUUGUUUCAUAUAUGGAUAAAAAGAGUGCAGCAGAAAAGUUGGGUAAAGAACUUGGCUUACAAGCUAAGGAGCUGAGUGUAGUUCACAGCAGUCAUCAUGAAAUUGGAGUUAAUGACUCUAAUUUAUUCUCUUUGGAAAUGCGAGAGCCCUUUGAGUCAAGUAAUACAAAAUCCUUCCGCAGUGCAGUGGAAAUUAAAAAUAGGUCCCAGCAUGAGCUACCAUGUUUUCAGCAUCAUGGUAUAGAUACCCCCACUAGCCUUCAAAAGAGAUCUGCAUGUUGUCCACCUUCGUUACUCAGACUUGAAGAGACAGCCAGCAGUUCCCAGGAUGGUGACCCUCAAAUUUGGGAUGAUCUGCCAUUCUCUGAAAGCCUGAACAAAUUUCUGGCAGUUCUUGAAAGUGAGAUUGCUGUAACCCAGGCAGAUAUCAGUAGUAGGAAACAUCAUGUAGACGAUGACAUUGACAAAUUUCAUGCAGACCACAGCAGGUUAUCUGUGACUCCCCAGAGCACUACUGGAGCCCUGCAUACACCACCUGUAGCUUUAAGAUCAUCACAAGCAAUAGUCAAAGCAAACUGUAGCAAAGAUAACUUCCUUUUCAACUGUAAAGGAAAUCUAAGUCCUAGUGUUGAAAAGGAGUCACAACCAGCUAACAUAGUAGAGGCUGUCUCUGUAAAUCAUAAUGGAAGAGAUAUGUCAGAAUAUUUUCUACCAAAUCCUUACCUGCCAGCUCUGUUUUCAUCUUCAAAAGAUUUAGAAACAAUAGUUACUCUUAAGAAGACUAUCAGAAUCUCACCACACAGGGAGAGUGACCAUUCUAGUCUAAAUAACAAAUAUUUGAAUGGAUGUGGAGAAAAAUCAGUUUCAGAAAUGAAUGAAAAGUUGACAACUCUGUGUUAUAGGAAGUAUAAUGAUGUCUCUGAUCUUUGCAAAUUAGAAAAUAAACAAUAUUGUAGGUGGUCCAAGAACCAAGAUGACAGUUUUACAAUUUGCAGGAAACUUACAUAUCCUUUAGAAACUCUUUGCAAUAGUGCAAAUAGAAGUACAAAUACAUUGAAAGAAAUGUCUUGGGGACAUAGCAAUAACAACAUAACACAGAGCUAUUCUAUUGGUUAUGAAGGUAGCUAUGAUGCCUCUGCUGAUCUCUUUGAUGAUAUUGUUAAAGAAAUGGACAUUGCAACAGAGAUUACCAAAAAAUCACAGGAUAUUUUGUUACAAUGGGGAACGUCUUUGGCAGAAAGUCAUCCUUCAGAGUCUGAUUUUUCACUGAGAUCACUUUCUGAAGACUUCAUCCAGCCUUCACAAAAAUUAUCCUUGCAAAACCUAUCUGACUCUAGGCGUUCAAGAACAUGCUCUCCAACAUCUCAUUUUCAAUCAGAUUCAGAAUAUAAUUUUGAAAAUAGUCAAGACUUUGUUCCGUGUUCACAGUCAACUCCAGUUUCAGGGUUCCACCAAACAAGAAUUCAUGGGAUAAACAGAGCUUUCAAAAAACCUGUAUUUUAUUCAGAUCUUGAUGCUAACUAUGAAAAAAUAAGGAUUUUCCCUGAAAAUGACAAACAGCAAGCCAGCCCAAGCUGUCCAAAAAAUAUAAAAACACCUAGCCAGAAAAUCAGAAGCCCUAUUGUAUCUGGUAUUUCACAACCAGAAGUUUUCAGUCACUACCCUUUUGCUGAGUGCCAUGAAACUGAUAGUGAUGAAUGGGUCCCUCCUACCACACAAAAAAUAUUUCCUUCAGAUAUGCUUGGAUUCCAAGGCAUAGGUCUAAGGAAAUGCCUUGCUGCCCAUCAUUUCCCUGAUCAGCAAGAGUUACCAAGAAAGAAACUGAAACUUAUUAGACAAGGAACCAAUAAAGGUUUAAUUAAGAAGAAAUUAAAGAAUAUGCUUGCAGCAGUUGUUACGAAAAAGAAAACUCCUAAAUAUAACUGUAAAAGUUCAGGCUGGAUUUCCAAAUGUCCAGACAUUCAAGUCUUAGCAGCACCUCAGCUGCACCCUAUUCUUGGACCUGAUUCUUGUUCAGAAGUCAAAUGUUGCCUUCCAUUUUCAGAAAAAGGCCCACCUUCAGUGUGUGAAACUCGAAGUGCUUGGUCGCCUGAGUUGUUUUCAUAAAAAGUCACCUGAACCCAAUUCCUGAACUUUUAAGUCUUUUUGGAAAUGUUUGCCUUCGGGGGUAUGGAAAGCAUUCUUUACAUUUUGAACACUUGGAGAGAAGCAGAUUGAAAAGAGGACUCUGCUGGGUGCUACUGUGCCUUUUAAAAUGUAGAACCAUUGUUUUCCCCAGGGUUCUAUCUGGAAUACUAUGAUUAGGUAAUUGAGCACUUUAUCGUAUACUGUUUAUUGUACUUUAAUAAUAUUGUUAAGAUUGUUUUUGAAAGUAUUAAUGUUUGUUAAAAUCACAUAUACAUCCAGAAAUAAAGCCUUUGCAAACCAAAA